GAAACGGCGAAGCUCGUUCGUACCGGGCUUUUUCGCCCGGUGAUUGAUGUCCCAGAGUCAACAGCGAGCAAGCCAGCAGCCAGAGAGGGGCAGGAGCCGCUGGAGCCGGGGAGAAUACGGCGCCCCCUCUGCUACCCUCCCCCUACUUAGCCCUUGCGCGCACUUCGCCUCCGAGUCCGGGUGCUGCCCGGAGCCGCGGCCGCCUCCCUGCCUGGGCUCCCCGCGCUGCCUCGAGCCCCGCACACAGCGCGCGGCCGCCCGGGCCCCCCAGUGGGGCCGGGGCCGGCAUGGAGCACCUGGGGCCGCACCACCUCCACCCCGGCCACGCGGAGCCCAUCAGCUUUGGCAUCGACCAGAUCCUCAACAGCCCGGACCAAAGCGGCUGCCUGGGGCCCGCCGCGCGCCUGCAGGACGGGGAAUAUGGCCUGGGCUGUCUGGUCGGCGGCGCCUACGCGUACGGCGGCGGGGGCCCGGCGACCGGGGCAGGGGCCGGGGGCGCGGGGGCCUACGGCGCGGGAGGCCCGGGUGGCCCCGCGGGCGGCGGCGGCGCUUGCAGCAUGGGCCCGCUGGCCGGCUCCUACAACGUGAACAUGGCCUUGGCUGGCGGCCCCGGUCCGGGCGGCGGCGGGGGUGGCGGUGGCGGUGGCGGCGGGGGUGCGCUGAGCGCGGCGGGGGUGAUUCGUGUGCCCGCGCACAGGCCGCUGGCCGGAGCGGUGGCCCACUCUCAAUCUCUGGCCACCGGCUUGCCCACCGUGCCCUCGGUGCCAGCCGUGCCGGGCGUCAACAACCUGACCGGACUCACCUUCCCCUGGAUGGAGAGUAACCGCAGAUACACAAAGGACAGGUUCACAGUGGCCCUCUCACCCUUCACUGUAACACGCCGUAUAGGUCACCCCUAUCAGAACCGGACUCCCCCCAAGAAGAAGAAGCCGCGCACAUCCUUCACGCGCCUGCAGAUCUGCGAGCUGGAAAAGCGCUUCCACCGCCAGAAGUAUCUGGCCUCGGCAGAGCGUGCAGCCCUGGCCAAGGCACUCAAAAUGACCGAUGCACAGGUCAAAACCUGGUUCCAGAACCGGCGGACGAAAUGGAGGCGGCAGACAGCGGAGGAGCGCGAGGCCGAGAGGCAGCAAGCGAACCGCAUCCUCCUGCAGCUGCAGCAAGAGGCCUUCCAGAAGAGCCUGGCACAGCCGCUGCCCGCCGACCCGCUUUGCGUGCACAACUCGUCGCUCUUUGCCCUGCAGAACUUGCAGCCCUGGUCCGACGACUCCACCAAGAUCACCAGCGUCACGUCGGUGGCGUCGGCCUGCGAGUGAGCCCGCCCUGCUGCGCCUGCGACUAGGCAGCCCCCGCCAGCCGCCAGUGGGGUUCCCCGAGAAGCUCCCACCCUCCCGUCUCGGACUGCACGCGGGAGGGGGCGGCGCGCCCCUCUGCACCGGCCGCCCCUGCCCUGGCGCCUCUGCUAGCCUCUCUUCUGUGGAGAAUAGAAGGAAAAGAGUGUGUUGGGCAGGGACCCACGACCUCCCCGCCGUCGUUGUCUGUGUGGUCCGGCACCCGCUGGAACUGUUCAGUGUCCUCUCAGUUUGCAUCUGUUUUAUUUUAUUCUGAUUUUUAAUGUGUGGCAGAGCCACAGGGAAGAGCUGGGGCUACCCAGAGGACCGCUCAGGCUGCCAUUUGAACUUGCCCUGGGGACACCCCUUCUCUGUCUACCACUUACCACACGCUGCUGCCCCCAGGCCCACACAGAGGCAAUCUCAUCAUCCCUCCUGGUGUCACUCCAGAGUCAUGCACAGGGCACACAAGACAGAAUGUCAUAAACGAUACAAAGCUGGGUGGCACCCUUGUUCCUCCCUGUGAGGCUUGGGCCUGGGGUGACUCCUGAACAGCACAGCACUUCUUGCAAACACAAGGCCUCUGCACACUGUGAUAUGCCAUACAGAAUAACCACGACAGACACUUUGGCAGUCCUCAUCACAUCUUGUCACCCAGGCACACAGGUUUUUCACACAAGCUCAGUCCAUUUCUCCAGGCCCUGUGUGUGUGGGGGGGGUUAAGUUAUGCACUUAUAAGGUGUUUUCCGUGUAACCAUUUUAUAAAGUGCUUGUGUAAUUUAUGUGAAAACAGUAAUAAAACUCUCCAGAUCCAAAGCCA